GAAAAAAAGUUUUCCCAUAGCAUGGGAAGUUCGAAACUUUAAAUUUGAUUACCAAAACAAUUUGAGAUAAAUAAAAAGAAAACUUUAGCAAAUUCUCUAGAGAAAACAUCCGUAGAAAAAUGUUCACUUUAUACAGAAAUUUAGAAACUGAUUUUUUUAUAUAUUAAUUCAGAAGAGUCAAUAUUUAUAAUUGUACCGAGUAGUGAAAAUACCAUAGACAAAUUGAAGGAGACGAUUUUCGAUUUUCCAGCUUUUAAACACAAAUAACGAUGAUAAAGUCGAGUAAUUUUAUAUAUAUUGUUAACAUAUCGAUUUGAAACAUUGGAGAACAAAGGAAAAUCAAGUACGUUGUCAGAGUCGUGAAAACGCAUUUCUCGGUUAUCCAACAGAUUGUGUAAAGGAGUCGACAUGGAGAGGGACACCCUCCAACGCCGACGCGCAACCUUGCGUCCUUUUUACCCACAAAUAUGCGCGAAUUCAACACAUUUCGUUUGUGACAUCAAAUAUAACAUGUAGGUGCCGAGGGCUUUUGUCUAAUCAAAGAAAAACAGAUUUCAACGUCCACUUCGUAAUGUACAACAUUGUAAAUCCCUUCGACGAUGGACUUAAGCGCUUGCACGAAUUGGCUGUGCGCCAAACGGCAACAGAACGGUGUACAGACAACCCCCCAGGACUACCAAAGCGUAGUCACUUCGGGCCCCGGACCAAGUCCUGUGAGUUCCACUUCUUGCGAUGACGUCGUACCACCGCCGAAGAAUUGCUUUAGGUUAGUUAUGUUAGGAUCGGCUAGAGUUGGUAAAACAUGUCUGGUGGCAAGGUUUCUGGGGGGAAAAUUCCAAGAAUGUUAUACACCAACAAUUGAAGAUUUCCACAGGAAACUUUAUAGGAUUAGAGGAGAGAUUUAUCAGUUGGAUAUACUGGAUACAUCGGGGAAUCAUCCAUUUCCAGCGAUGAGGAGAUUAUCGUUUUUAACAGGCGAUUUGUUCGUGAUUGUUUUCAGUAUGGACAGCCGGGAAACUUUCGAAGAAGCAAUAAGAUUAAGGGAACAAAUACUCGAAACUAAGUUGAAUGCGGGGGCUUCUUCCACUGGGGUGGGCUUGACGAGAAAAAAGACGAUGCCUCGAGUGCCUAUGGUUCUAGCAGGAAACAAAUGCGAUAAAGAAAUGAGGACCGUAACGGUAGAAGAAGCGCAAGCAUUCUGCGACAGUCAAGAUUCAAAUUGUGCCUUUGUAGAAACAUCGGCCAAAAAGAAUUUCAAAGUAGACGAAGUAUUUUACCAAUUAUUUCUAGUAGCCAACUUGCCAUUAGAGAUGGCGCCGAAUCACCAUAAACGAGUUAGCGCCAGUUUCGGAUCACCUUGUCCCCUACCGCCGUCUGCACCGAGUCAUCAUAGCAAGAAAUACCAUUUAUCGGUGAAGAGACGAUUAAGCGAUGCUUGCGGAGUGGUAACUCCUAACGUUAGAAGACCCAGCAUCAGAACUGAUUUGAUGAUAAUGAGGACUAAGACUUGUAGUUUGGGGGAUAAUCCCGGUACUUCAAAUAAUUCCCCUAUCAGGUGGAGAAAAGUUGAUAAUGGGUGUAGUUUACAGUGAAAUUUUCUGGUGUUUGGUCUUUAUUGAUUAUUAGUCCUUCAAAUUUCAACUACCAUUUUUAUAUUUAUACCUUGAAGUACCAUAUUUCAAACAAAAAGUGUUAAAUUUCUUUCAAAAGAGGCAAAAGCUAAAGGCUAAUGACCAUUUCUGAACAUUAUUGAAAAGAGAAAUCAAAAAUAAACCUCUUUCUAUAAGAAAAAAAUCUCUUUCAAUACAAUGGGUUACAACUCAAUGAAAACAAUGAUCAAAUUGAACUUCAAAUUAUUUUCAUAGCCUCUAUAUUCUACAGAUUCGACCUCUAUCAACUAUUAAUUGUUUUGAGACUAUAAGAAUAAAUACUACAAAAAAAUAUUAGAAAAGUACCGGAGCCUGUUUUUAAACCACCUAAAUUGGGUUGUAAAACCAGAGAGGAAAGGAAUUUAAAUCAUUUAUUUUGAAAUACUUGUGAAUAGAAACAAGGAUAUUUGAAGGACUAAUUAUCAAUAUGAAACUAUUCUAUGUUAUAUUUCUAUCUCUCCUUUGAAAUAACCAAAACACAAAACUCGAAACAUUUUAUAAUCAAAUUGAAUAUCAAAAAGUUGUUUUAGGAGCAGAAUGUUUUUUGAGUUGAUUUCUGUGAUAUAAAUUUACUAGAAAAUUACACUGAUGUUGUCUAUUGACAAUUUGAACAAUUCAAACUAAUCCAUAUUUCUGAUUUUUUACUUUUACGUAAUUGAUUUUCCACUUUUUAUUGGUGGAAAAAGGAAAAUUAAUUUCUUAAACUAACAAAAAUUGAAUAUCAACUGUAUCUCUUGAACCUAAUUUUAUGAUAUAUUUUUCUGUGUAUGUUAUAUGAAGAUCGCUCUGUAUAUAAUGUUUUGUGUUCCUGCUUUGAAUGUACUUAUAAAAACUAUUCAAUACACGUAUCUUUCUCAUAUCAAAUACUCCUACUCAUCUUAAAAUAUGUAUUUUAUUUUUUUUAUUUACAAAAUAAAAUUUUGGACCAAAUUUUGGUAGAAUGUUUAUGUAUAUAUGUGCAAAAUGCGAAUAAGCAAAAGAAUUUUUUAAAAGUUUAGCAUUCAAGGACAAUAUUUCUUUGCAAUAAUGUUUGACAAUUUAAUAAACAUUAUUUUUAAUGUUUAGAAGUUAAGAUAUUGAAAUGAAUGUAUAAGACAAAAAUGUUGAAAUAAAAUGUUCUGAAAUUUA